GAGUUAACCCGGCGGUUAACCCCUCACCAAAACACGCCCGCUGAUUGGCGGACCGGAUCAGGCCGGCAAACUGUUCGCGCGUCAGCGGGCCCGACCGUGACCAUACUCCUUCAUCGCCGUCCACAACGACGAGCACCAUGUCUCUCGCCCGCAGGACGGCUCUCGCGGGUGUUGCGUCUGCGUUCCGCGCGCAGGCGGCCCAGCGCUCGCCCGCUGCUUCCACUCUCGUUGCUCGUAGACUUCUGUCGACCUCGACGGCCUGCUCGCACUCGCACCACUCGCAUUCUCACCAGGCCAAGCCUGCGACCCGCGGCUAUGCGACCGCUGGCGCGAAGGAUGUGGACCCGUACGCUGGUGGUCCGAGCGCGCUGAACAAGGCCGUGCAUAUGUUCUUCAUCUCCGAGAUUAUGCGGGGCAUGUGGAUUGUAUUGGAGCAGUUCUUCCGCCCACCAUACACCAUCAUGUAUCCGUUCGAGAAGGGGCCUCUGUCCCCGCGCUUCCGCGGUGAGCACGCCCUGCGCAGAUACCCAAGCGGCGAGGAGCGCUGCAUUGCUUGCAAGUUGUGCGAGGCCAUCUGCCCUGCGCAGGCCAUCACGAUCGAGAGCGAGGCGCGCGCGGAUGGGUCAAGGAAGACCACCAAAUACGACAUUGACAUGAUCAAGUGCAUCUACUGUGGCUUCUGCCAGGAGGCUUGCCCCGUCGACGCCAUUGUUGAGACUCAGAACCAAGAGUUUGCUACCGAAACUCGCGAGGAGUUGCUGUACAACAAGGAGAAGCUUCUUUCCAACGGCGACAGAAUGGAAGCGGAGAUCGCCGCCAACCUGCAUUCGGAGCAUGUGUACCGAUGAGGGUGUUGAUAGAUACGGCCUGCGAUGCCCUGUCGUCGGUAUAUCUUCGUUCGUCUGGAAUAAAUGUCAUACCAUCAUCAUGGAUGCUUGCGUCCUUCUGCCCUUCGCCCUCCCACCAUGAGCCAUGUCGAAGAAGUAGCGGGCUGGACGUCGCCGACGGCUUAACGAGUACACCAAUCAUGACAGACCCAUGCUAUCUACCAAUUGUUCGACGGAAGGGGAUAAGCCCUCGAUGUGCUCGUGAGUUGGUUCGCCUUUGCCC